AUGGAACCGGAAAACCAAACAGUGGUCUCAGAAUUCCUCCUCCUGGGACUCUCAGAAAAGCCAGAGCAUCAGGCCCUCCUCUUUGGGCUGUUCCUGUCCAUGUACCUGGUCACCACCUUUGGGAACCUGCUCGUCGUCCUGGCCAUCCUCACGGACCCCCACCUCCACACGCCCAUGUACUUCUUCCUCUCCAACCUGUCUCUCAUUGACAUCUUCCUCACCUCCACCACGAUCCCCAAGAUGCUGGUGAACAUACAGACCCAGAGCAGGGCCAUCCCCUUUGUGGGCUGCCUUGCCCAGAUGUACGCCUUCCACCUGUUCGGAACCAUGGACAGCUUCCUCCUGGCCGUGAUGGCCAUCGACCGGUUCAUGGCCAUUGUCCACCCGCUGCGCUACUCUGUCCUCAUGAGCCCCCGAGUCCGUGGGCUGCUGGUGGGGGGACCAUGGGUGAUCACCAAUGUCCAGUCUCUCGUGCACACCUGCCUCGUGGCUCAACUUACUUUCUGUGCUGGCUCUGAAAUCCCCCAGUUCUUCUGCGACCUCAUGCCCGUGCUGAAGCUCGCCUGCUCAGACACGCACACCAACGAGCUGGUGGUCUUUGCUUUUGGUAUCGUCGUGGGCAUCAGCCCACUCUCCUGCAUCCUCCUCUCUUACAUCUGCAUUUUCCGGGAGGUCUUUAAGAUCCCUUCUGCAGAGGGCAAGUGGAAAGCUUUCUCCACUUGUGGCUCCCACCUCACUGUCGUGUUGCUGUUUUACGGGACCAUCUUCACCGUGUACUUACAGCCCACAUCCCCCACCUCCUCCCAGAAAGACAAGGUGGCUGCCCUGAUGUGUGGGGUGGUCAUCCCCAUGCUAAACCCCUUCAUCUACAGUCUAAGGAACAAGGACAUGAAGGCAGGCUUGAGGAAGCUCGCCAGCAAAGCAGCCCCUCCCAGUUCUAGGGCAGAACAGUUGUUGGGUGCCUACAGAGCUCCAGGACAACAGUUGGGUGCUGGGGACACAUAGAUGCAUCCCGUUCGACCUUGAGGAGUUCAGAGUCUAGUGGGGAAGAAAGACACACACAGAAAAAGUAGAGCCUGCUACUCAAAGUUGUCCAUGAACCAGAAGCAUCAUCGUGGGGAGCUUUUAGGAAUGAAGAUCAACCUCCAAGAGCGAUAG